AUGAACGGACAGCUGCUCAAUGGGUUUCACGAUGCUCUCAUCGACGAGGGCAGCUUCCUUUUUACCUCCGAAUCCGUCGGCGAAGGGCACCCUGACAAAAUUUGUGACCAAAUCAGUGAUGCAGUCCUUGAUGCCCACCUCAAGCAAGAUCCAGAUGCAAAAGUAGCUUGUGAAACUGUGGCAAAGACUGGCAUGAUUCUCCUAGCCGGUGAAAUCACUUCUCGUGCUGUAGUGGAUUACCAGAAGGUUGUGCGGGACACAAUCAAACAUAUUGGCUAUGAUGAUUCUUCCAAAGGUUUUGACUACAAGACCUGCAAUGUGUUGGUUGCACUUGAACAACAGUCUCCUGACAUUGCCCAGGGUGUUCACUUGGACAGGAAUGAAGAGGAUGUGGGAGCUGGUGACCAGGGCUUGAUGUUUGGCUAUGCUUCUGAUGAAACUGAAGAGUGUAUGCCUCUUACAAUAGUGUUGGCACACAAAUUGAAUGCAAAGAUGGCUGAGCUGCGUCGCAAUGGGACUCUACCAUGGCUUCGCCCAGACUCCAAGACUCAAGUUACAGUCCAGUAUAUGCAGGACCGUGGAGCUGUGAUCCCAAUCAGAGUGCAUACAGUUGUAGUGUCUGUUCAGCAUGAUGAUGGAAUCUGCCUGGAUGAGAUGCGUGAUUCACUGAAGGAGAAGGUUGUCAAGGCUGUGAUCCCUGCCAAGUACUUGGAUGAUGAUACAAUCUACCAUCUGCAACCAAGUGGGCGGUUUGUAAUUGGUGGUCCACAGGGUGAUGCUGGCUUGACUGGACGCAAAAUUAUUGUGGACACUUAUGGUGGUUGGGGUGCCCAUGGUGGUGGAGCCUUUUCUGGCAAAGACUACACAAAGGUGGAUAGAUCUGCUGCUUAUGCUGCUCGUUGGGUUGCAAAGUCCCUGGUAAAGGCUGGCCUUUGCCGUCGUGUGCUUGUCCAGGUUUCUUAUGCUAUUGGUGUUUCACAUCCUCUGUCUAUCUCAAUCUUCCACUACGGAACCUCACAGAAGAGUGAGAGGGAGCUUCUGACUAUUGUGAACAAGAACUUUGACCUCCGCCCUGGUGUCAUUGUCAGGGAUCUGGAGCUGAAGAAGGCAAUUUAUCAGAGGACUGCAGCCUAUGGUCAUUUUGGUAGGGAAAGCUUCCCCUGGGAAGUUCCCAAAAAGCUGGAGUACUGA